AUGUAGUAGCAGGCAGCUGCUUCUCCCACCUCUCUCUUCUGUCUUCCCCAGAGGCUGGUGGUUGUCUGUCCUGCUCAAAGCUGCUCUGAUCUUUCAAGGCACAUCGGAACCCACGGGAUCGGUCGGGGGCCACGCCCCUCAUGAUAGCAGCUCAGAUGUGUCACACAGAUCUGUGCCGCCUCCUCCUACAGCAGGGGGCUGAAGCAAAUGACCAGGACCUGCAAGGCAGGACAGCCUUGAUGCUGGCAUGUGAAGGGGCCACUCCCGAGACCGUUGAAGUACUCCUGCAGGGUGGAGCCCAGCUGGGCAUCACUGAUGCACUGGGCCAGGACGCCACUCACUAUGGAGCCCUGACCAGGGACAAACUCAUCUUGCAGCUUCUACAGGAGUCUGCGCAGCGCCCUUCACCUCCCAGUGAGGAUGACUCCGGAGAAGCCUCCUCUCAGAACUCAGUGUCCAGCCGUGAAAAGCAAGGGGCCCCUAAGAAGCGAAAGGCACCCCAGCCUCCAGCCAGCACACCUGUUCCCGACGAUCAGGAUGCUUAUGAGGAGAUUGUACGUCUGCGCCAAGAGAGAGGCCGGCUCCUACAGAAGAUCAGGGGACUGGAACAGAACAAGGAACGGAGGAGAAGUCCCUACCACUUCUACCUGCAGCCCCUGGAAGCAGAGGCCAGCUCAGUGCACAGUCUGGAGAGGCAGGUGCAGGAGCUGCAGCAGCUGCUGGUGGAGAAGCAGGAGGAGAAGGAGAGCCUGGGCCGGGAGGUGGAGAGCCUGCAGAGCCUCCUGUCCCUGCUGGAGGCCAAUGGAGCUGAGGCUAGGGGAGCUCAUGCCACCACCCUGGAGGCCACGGGGGCACAAGCCUUGGCCACAGACACCAUGGGAGCGCAGGCCACCUUGAAGGAGGCCAACGGAGCCAAGGCCAUGGGACUCAAGGCCACGGAAGCGGGGGCCACCAGCACAGAGGGCCCCUGCACUGCGGCCCUGCACCCGGGGGCGGCGGCGGCGGCGCUGCAGGCCGAGCUGGAGACCCGGAUCCGGGGCCUGGAGGAGGCGCUGCGCCAGCGGGAGCGGGAGGCGGAGGCCGAGCUGGAGGCCGCCAGGGGCCGGUUUGCAGAGGCGGAGGCGGAGGCGGAGGCGGAGGAGGCCGCACGGGGGCGGAGCCGGGAGUUGGAGGCGCUGCGGGAGCUGCUGGCCACGGCCAUGGCCACGGGCGAGCACGCACGCGGGGAGGCUGCCGAGCUGAGCCAAGCGCUGUCGGCCUCCGAGACUCGGGCCGCCGACCUCAGCUCCGCCCUUGACACUGCCCGCGAGGAGCUGGAGCGCAUGCGCGGGGCCUCAGUGCCAGCGGACGAGCACAAGCAGGCGCUGGGCGAAUUGCGCGACCACGUGUCCCGCCUGCAGGCGCAGCUCGCAGAGCUGGUGCACAAGCACGAGAGGACAAGCGCCGAGGUCUUCCAGGUGCAGCGUGAGGCAUUGUUUAUGAAGAGCGAGAGGCACGCGGCCGAGGCCCAGCUGGCCACGGCCGAGCAGCAACUCCGGGGGCUUCGUACAGAGGCCGAGAGGGCAUGCCAGGCCCAGAGCCGUGCCCCGGAGGCCCUGGACAAGGCCAAGGAGAAGGACAAGAAGAUCACAGAACUGUCCAAAGAAGUCUUCACACUGAAGGAGUCUCUGAAGAUGCAGCAGACAGCCCUGGCCAGCUCCCAGGAGGAAGCCCUGCGUGCCCAGGUGGCAGCCAUGCAGCAGCAGAUGGAGGUGGAGGCCCGGGAGCACGGUGCUGUGGAGACUCUAUACCGUACUCAUCUCCUGUAUGCCAUGCAGGGAGAGAUGGAUGAGGACGUGCAGUACAUCCUCAGCCAGAUCCUGCAGAUGCAGCGGCUGCAGGCUCAGGGCCGCUGAGGACACAGCUCAGCCGUUCAGUCUCCAUCCUUCACCUCUGCAAGCUGAAGCUACAGAGACCACCUUCCCCAUUCCCCAGGGUGAUGAACUGGACUCAUCAUACACGGGGAGGCCAGCCUGGGACCUUACCAAUGGUGCUCAGCUGACCCAUCACUCCAUGGCUUCCAAGAUUCCCCAUCUGAUAUGUUACAACUAACAAUAUUGUCACCUACAUCACAAUCGUCCAGCCAGGAGUAUAAGCUCACUGCAAGAGGGAGACAUAACCAGCGUGGGACACGUGCUGAGGGCAGGCAUGGGGCAGGGGAGUUAAGAAGACAGUCUGAUAUUCUGGACCCAAAACACAGUUAUGGCAAUAAAUAUGAGUAUGAUGCGAUA